AUGUUUGAGCUUCUCUGCCACACGCAAGACCAUUUUUCACAACUGACUGGCACACUGUCAUUUGGAGCCACCCAAAUCAACAAGAUCAAUGUCGGAGAGAACUGGGUCCGUGAGAACGAAUGCGGAUGCUUCGCAAGCCCCAUGAGCGAUGCUGGGGACAAUCAGGGUAUGUUCAAUAGGUAUGCGUCAAUCAGUGCAAAUUGGGUGGACACGACAAGGUUCGAUGACAUCCGGGGCCCCGCCCCUCCCAUCAACGGAAAAUCGAUAGCAGGGACCGUGGAGGAUAUGACUUUGGGAUACUCAUUCAACGCCAAUACCGACUUCGAUGCUGAUGCAGCAGCAGCAGCAGCAGCAGGCAUGGGACAUCCCCAUAUUGGUGUCACAGCACCAUCAGUUCUUUACAUGAUGAAGUAG